AUGGCGAGCUCGAGCCAUGGAGUCCGCGGGGCCUUGGGUUACCUUUGGCUUCAGGUGGCCUUUGCAGGGGGACCUUUGCAGACCGAAGUGACUGGAGAUGAUAGCAGGUCCUUGCAGAGCAGCGGCUGCUUUGAAGCUGCGACCUGCGAAGCAGGAAGCUUUCUGGAUGCCGGCGGCACUUGCCGUCGCUGCCCGCCUGGAUACUUUACCCCACAAGCCAACAUGAGGCAGUGCCUGGAGUGUGAUUCGGGGCGGUAUGCCGGUGAAGAAGGUACAUCGCGGUGCAUUUCUUGUCCAGCCGGACGCUACGCCCCAAGCCCUGCCAGGACGGAGUGUAGAGAUUGCCCCCCGGGCAGAUUCACCUCGCUCCCUCAAGCCAUCGAAUGCCUCGAGUGCCCCUCGGGGCGCUUCACGCCAAGCACGAGCAACUGGACGGAGUGCCGCAAUUGCCUGCCGGGACGCUUUGCCAAGGCCCCGGGUCUCACCGAGUGUGAUGCUUGUCCCACGGGCCGAGCUGCCCCGGAGGAGUCCAGGAGCUGUGAAGAGUGCGAUGUUGGCCGCUACUCCAAGAAAGAUGGAGCUUCAAUGUGCAAGUUCUGUAAGCCCGGGCACAUGCAGAAUAAGCGAGGGAGGUCUUCCUGCAAGGACUGUGGCUCUUGGUAUUGGCCGAGGUCCUCAUUGCCAGACUACUCAAACUGCGAAACGGACUUUCAAGCCCUAGCCGGCCUGGUCCUGGUCUUCCUUAGCUCCCUUGGGCUUUUCAGCCUUUCGGGUAAAGUACUGAGGCACACAGUUCCCCUCCAAGAUGUCAAGCUCGAGGUCUCGCAGAGCAAAGGGCGCCUGAUCCUCACCACUCAUGGCCAUCAUCUCCUUCCAUGCACUGGCAUGUCCUGGCGCUCACCUAGCGCUUUCGCCACAGUGGAUGAGACGGGCCGCCAGACGACCACGUCCUUCAACAUCGACAGCUCCCGUGUGAAGCUGAAGCGAUCUCGUCAGGUCCCGAUCACAAUCUUUGGGACUGGACAUCCUCAGCUAGAUGCCGAAUGCCAGACAGAGGGUUGGGUAUUUCCGGCAGCAGCUGCAGCAACUGCUUCUGCGAUUCUCAGUAUCGCCGAGAAGGUGAGGCCUCACUACCCUGAGCCGGAGGUCACGGAGUCUCCAAGAUUUCUGGUCCAGGCGGUGACCAGCCAACACCUCCUACUGCUCAGCCCCGAGGGCCAUCCCGAAACGCGUGCCCUCGAAACUUCUCAAGGACAUUUGGUGGUGACUUUUCCCUCCACACUUUGGGCCGUUUGCCCAUUGGGAGUACCGCUGUUUGUCCACCUCUCCACUCUGCUCGCGCUCUUCGCCGCUCCAGCCUGUGCCUUCUUGCGCAAGUUCUUGGAGCUCUUUGCUGUGGCUGUCGGCCUGAGCCUCAUCGUGGGCGCUGGCCUGGCAGCUCUUUGGGGGCACAGGACCUUCACGCCUCUGCAGCUGAAGCUGAUUCGGCACAAGCUGGAUCUGCAGCAGGCGGUGCCGACUCCCCAGGAGUGCCCUCGGGGUCCAAGUCGUGCCGUUAAGGGUGGGCAGCUCUGGUGCUUCUACGACACUUUCGAGCCCUUUAUCCGAAGUCGGACCUUGUACUACGUGGUUGCGAACAUCAUCAAGCCACUGACCAGGGAGGCCCAACUCUCCUAUGCCGAGGUGGCGGGCCCGCACGAGACCGGCUGGUUUUGUUCCCACUUCUGGGGGACCUCCUUCGCGCAUUUCGUCCGCUCCAUCUGCAAGCAUGCGGAAGCCGCCUGUGGUUUGCAUGGCUGCGCCUGGCAGGACAUCACAUACUGGAUCUGCAGCUUUAGCAACAACCAAUGGAGGAUCCAAGAAGAGCUGGGAAUCUCUUGGGAAUCCUCCUCCUUCUAUUUGGCGCUUAAAAGCCCCAACUGCUGUGGAACGGCUAUGGUGGUCGACGACUAUGCCAUGCCGUUGACACGUGCCUGGUGCCUCUUCGAGGUGCUUCAGACCCGGCUAAAGGAGAACGAGGCAGACAACUUCCAGGGCCUUUGGCUGUGUACCUCAUCAGGAGUGCUCCAUGAGGGGAAGGCCGGCGUCGACGUGGCCAUGCGCAUCGCAGAGCGGCUGGCAACGCUGCGUUUGGAGGAUGCCACGGCCUCCGUGAAGAAGGACAAGGACAUGAUCGACGAGCUCGUCGCACAGAUGCCUGGUGGGUUCCCUGCCAUGAACCGGUUUGUUCGUCAAAAGAUUUACGAUGCCCUGCUGGCGAUGCGAUCAUCGUUUUCGGCAGAUUUUAACACCCUGCUGCAAUCGCUGCACGGGGAGACCAAUACGCUUCUACAGUCCUUGCACACGCAAGGCGCGUUGCCAGCGGCUUUGCCACCUCCGGCCUCAGAGGCACAGGCGCACGAGACUGACGACCCUGAGCUGAUGCCCGUCGUAGCCACACAGGCGCAGGCAGCGGGCGGCGAGAUUCUUGGGAGCCUAGGCAUCCUGGAAGUGCCCCUGGGCCCUUUGCUGACUCCGCCAGAGUCGGCGCCCAGAGUGCCGGCACUCCGCGCCUCUGCCGCCGCCGCGCGAGGCGACAAUGAUUGGUACGGGAGUUCGACCAGCGGCACUCCGCGGAAGGAGGAAGAGGGAGCAAAGAAUGCUGUCCCCCCUGCUUCUGAAAGUUCUGCGGAGGAUCUGCAUUUCCCGAGUGGCCACAACUCACCGCGUGGAGAAGACAAGCCGGAUCCAGUGCCCAGGCCGAUCUGCAGGGGGGGGGGUCUUCCUGAAGCAGCUGCACGGAAAUCAGCACUCCGCGAUCUCACGGCCCAGAAGGGUCUGAUGCGUUUCGAUGCUAUAGCAUCUGAACUUCUUCGACGGGCGAUGGGGCAGGUCGCCGAAAACACCACGGCGAGCGACGCCGUGCCAGAAAUGGACAGGCUGCCGAUCAGGACUGCCGAGCUUCAGGAAGCAGAGGACACGGAGGAGGCUGACCUAGAUGUCCGCGAUGAUCCCUUUCAGUGCCCGCCAGAAGGCGCAGAGGCGCAGAUUUCGCCGCAUCUCCAGGUGGUCGAGCAGCCGCAGGCCAUUCAUGAUCAUUCGAAGCCCAACCGCAGAUCUAUGAGCCCGGAGCAGGACUCGAACAGUUCGCUUGGCUUCGCCUCGCCGGAAGUGCCGCAGGAGGCCAGCGCUGGGAGCUUCAGCUUCGGUGAGCAAGGUCAAAACGGUCUUGGUGUCCUCGGCGAGGCCAGCCCCCUGGAGGAGAUUCCAACCAAAGGCGGUGUGAGCUCUGGCGCCUCCUCUGCGAGCAAGUCUCACGUUGUCUCUUGCUGCCCCUUAGCGGCCUUCGCUGCUGCAUCAGGUGGCGCGACACGCGCCAGAAACACCCCGGGAAUCUUGCGAGACUUAGGCCUUGAUGAGUCUUCCGAUGACACACCAAAGACUGACACCAAGGAGGCACAUGGGGUCAUGACGCUUUACGAGAGAUUCAAAGAAGCUUUUCAAGAAAGAUGUCAAGCUGCUACCAAGGAAGAGGAGCCAGCAGCUGCACUGGCGCAAGAGUUUCUUGCCGCCCAUGGUGCGCAGGUCCAAAAGAUGCUCGACAAGUUUGAGCCCGACGGAAAACUGCGGGGAGGCGAGUCGGUUCCGGCCAGUGCCUACAAUGACUUCUACAAGUGGACCAUGCUGCCAGUUACCCGAGCCGUGGAGCGAGGAGCAGGCGCUGUGCAGUGCACGUUCAGCGCCAACAUCCGAGAUGCAGGGCUCAGCAAAGCCCUGGUGGAAGCGGCGAGGCAGGACCCACCGGGUCCCCUCUUCGACUGCCUCAAGUCCGGUCUCGAGGAGCUGGCGUCCCGACCCUUUGAUGUGGCGAUCUUCGACCGCUGUCGGAAAGAUUCUGCCCUUCCGGGCUGGGAUGACGAGACACUCGCGGCCGUUUGCGGCACGGCUGAGUGUCCUAGAACACUGGCGCAGGAGGUAGACGUCGACCCCAAAGGUGCUCGACGGUUGCCCACAGAUGCCAACAACGUGCUGUUACAGGCAUUUGUGGGCCAUGACAUCAAGUCUGGCAGUGAUCGUGUCUACGUUGAAGCCACAGGCACUGGCCAGAUCCAUAUCAUUCAUCUCACGAUCUACGAAACGUUCUUUCGACUACGGAUGCGUGAGAGGUACGGCUCAGAGGACAGCAGUUGGUAUGCUCGGUGGCUGGCCGAAGCCUUCAUUCGCUGUGCGAGGAGCGUCCUCGCCGCCAAGGCCUCCAAAAUGAGAGGCGUAAUCAUGACAGGAAGACGGACUGGUGGGCUGGCUCUCAUGAUGCUGCAGGGGAUGUUCAUUCAGAGUACUUUCCGUGAUGCGGAAGGAAAACCGCUGUGUCUAGGAACUUCCUCCGUCACGGCGCACUACUGGCUGAAAGACGCCGGCGUGCCGCCAGAAAUAUUGCCCGUUGCAGCCGGUACUCAUGCGCACGAGCUCUCCAUGGUCUGUUCGGCCGUGCUGUCAGAUGUUGAUGAUGCAGCAGGCCUGCCGAUGUCACAGGCCGUGGGGCAUGCGCUGUACUUCCUCUGCUCAAGGCCAGGAGGCGACGUGCGCGAGGCAGGUCGCAAGGCCUUGAUGCCCAUGUUGCCGGACACGCUCGGCACCAAGAGCUUCUUCAGGACCGUGUCGCAGCUGAAGGUUCCGGAGGGCCCCCAGAAGGGUGAGCCUUUCCUGAGCGUCAUCGGCGCGGCGCGACAGGACUCCGGCACCUUGGAGGGCUUCAGAGAUCUCGUCAAAGGGUUUGGCUUCGAGGGCGGACUGAUGGCUUCUGAAAUAGAGGAAGGCCAGAACUUGCUUGAUGCAAGCGUGCUGGGCUACGGAACCUUUGGUGCCGGUGGCUUUUUUGGAGACUCCGAGAAGGCCUGGAGCAAGGAGGGUUCCAACAUCAGUAUGGCCAUCAAGGUCCUUGUGGUCCACGUCAACGGCCAGCGAACCUCCUUCGAUCCUGUCAAGACAGGAGAUCCCAGCAAAGGUGGCGAAGGAAAGUUCGAAGCCGACGGACUCAUGGCCGCCGAGAGGUUGGAUGCCUUAAAAGCCCGGACCAAGCUCAUGCAGGAGGCGGAGGCCGGGAAAGGGACCUCACCAGCUCCACAGAGCCGUCAGUACCCGCAGCGGCCCUCAUGA